CAGGACUUCCUUCGUCCCAAUCGCAUUGACGUCUGGAGAAGCACCACCACAUGUCGAGUCAAGAUGCAUCCCCAUCUGCAUACCAAAGAUAAUACAAAUUGCGCAGAUGUCAUGAACGCCCUCGAGGAGUGCCAUGCACGAGGCUUCCUCUAUCGAUGUACAGGUGCAUGUACGGACGCAAAGAUAGCCGUGAAUAAAUGUCUACGCGGAGAAAGAUUGGAAAGACAAAGACUCAACCGGGAGAAGGCUAAGAUCAUCAACGACAAAAAGAAGCAAGCAUUCAAUGAGAUCAAGGAAAAUUCAUGACAAGCCAUCGACUGUAUUUGAGGCGUAUGUUUCGAGAUUAUUGGGCACAAUGAAAUGAUGUGAACAAAAGCGAUCAGAAAAGAGCGUGUUGCGAAUAAUUCUCAUCCCAUAAAAUCCUCCUGGGAACUUCAUAAGAUCGUAAUCUGAACGUCGUAAGGCUAUGUUCUCAUGU